UUCCUCACUUUCGUUAGCAGAUCAAUUCGGAUUUUCUGGGGUAUAAAAGCGCCGGGUCGAGGUUACUGAGGCAUCAAACAUAGUUUAGCUCUUUGGGUCAAACCAGCAAAUAAACCAUAAACCAAAUCUCAACCUAAGCCAGGCGAAAAUGUCGAAGAUCAACGUCGUUGUACUUGUGGCCAUGUCCGUGCUGCUCGGAGUCCAGGCUCGUCCUUCCGAUUCCCCGGAUGCCCAUGCUGAGAUCCGGAGCUUUGUCAACGAGCUGAAGCAGGAGGAUGGCAGCUACAACUACCAGUUCGAGACGUCCAACGGGAUUGCGCAGCAGGAGCAGGGAGUGGGUGGCUACUACGCCAGCGGCUCAUCGCAGUACUACACACCCGAGGGCCAGCUCAUCCAGUUGACCUACACGGCGGAUGAGAACGGAUUCCAGCCGCAGGGCGAGCACCUGCCCACGCCCCACCCCAUUCCCGAGGCCAUCCUGAAGUCGCUGGAGUACAAUCGCAACCACCCGGAGGAGGAUGGGGAGUACGAGCACCACGACCAUCACCAUGACCACCAUGAGCAUCACCAGAGCCAUGGUCAGGAGCAGGGCAAGCAGUAUCUGCAGCCAGCCGGUGCUCUGCUCGCACCUGCGUCAUCGCCAGUGGUGUCCGUGGGUCAGGUCCUGCCCUACGACAGGAAGGUAUAAGGCUGCAUCCGUCCAUUGCAUCCGUAGCCUCCGCAUCCAUCUCGUCCAGCUGUCCAUGUUUUCGCCAGUCUGUUUGCAUAGUCAGACCAUCCAACAUACGGCAUCCAGCAUAUAUAGCGCACAUCAAGCAGCAGAAAGAACAUCGGAGCAACUACAUCUGGACGCGGUGACACACCCACUCACACACACACACUGUAUAUAUAUGUAGGAACCAUCAUACAUUUCCAUCAACAUGCUCCCGGGCUCCUCAAAGGUCCUUCGUCCUCUGACCCCGGCUCCUUCUCCAUUCCGUGUCCGUUGUCGGCUCGACUGACGUUGACAUUUAUUGCCAGAGAUAAUAA